UGGGUGGAGCCAGAGCCGGAAGCUCUCGAGGCUAAGUCCUUUCUCUGGAGUGCUGCCGCGGUACUGAGCCGACGCUUGGUGGCAGGCGGGAACUCUGGCGGCGGUCCGCUCCAUUUUGCCUCCCCGCUAGGGAAUCCGGGAGAUAGCUGACGCCAAUGAGUCGGUCAGCACGCUGCUCGCACGCUAGCUCCUGGACGACUCAGGCCUCAGAUGCGUGAGCCUGCCUAGUUUUUGAUCCUGAGAGCCCCGCCCCUCAUCACUAUGUAUGACCGUGCUCCCCGCCUGCUCAGGUUGGCUGACUAUGGCAGCACCGAGGAGCACGUGGGUCCUGGGUCCUACCAGGUACCUUUCCUUAAGAGGGCCACAGGUUGCUAUGCACCAUUUCUUUCUUUAAGUUCCAGAAAAAGUGCUUAUGUUGUUGGAAAAGCUGAACCAGGUCCAGCCGACUACAAUGUAUCACAAGCACAGUAUAAAGUAAAAGGAGGCCAUAGUCUACAAAACCGAGAGAAGAGGUUUAUGACGCUUACUUCGGAUAGUCCAGGACCUGGAAGCUACACUCAGCCUCGUCCUGGGACAUUGUGUAUCAUGAGCAGACAGAAAAUUUCCAGAACACCUGUAGUUUCCAAAAGCAUUGAUGUUCCUUCAAUUCCUUCUUCUGGAAAGUCACAUGGCUAUCAUCUCAAUGAUGAUGACAGUAUUGUGAGACGCACGCCACCUCCUAGUGAUAACACAAUAGGCCCAGCGUACUACAAACCUCAGUUUGAUUAUUCUAAAGCAACUUUGAAAUAUAAAGGUGUACACUUUGGCAAUGCUACAGGAAGACAAGAAUUGCUCAAAUAUUCAGGUCCUGGUCCUGGACAGUAUGAUAUCAUCCAGAAAAAGACAGUAUAUUAUGAAAAUAUUAACAUCAAGAAAGAACAGCAGCAAAGUGGUUGCACAUUUGUCCCACGGCUUUAUGAAGAAAUAAUAUUGCAGGAGGAAAAAAAGGGAGUACCAGGACCUGGAAAGUAUGAAAUUAAAAGUCAAUUUCAGAAGUCAAAACGUAUGGCAGCAAAUGUAAAAAAUGCAUCUUCACGUUUUCUUUCUGAAUCAGAGAGAUUUGCACCUAUCAAAUCAAGUACCCCAGCUCCUGGCACAUAUAAUGAAACAAGAACUGCUUUUCCGUCCCCAAAGAAGAGAUCAGGACUGAAUUCAUCAUUUGGUCAAAGUGCUGUCCGAUUCAUUCAGGACUGCAGGGCACAGGAAAUGCCAGGUCCUGGCUUUUAUGAUAUCUCAAACAACAUUAUAAUUGCCAAGUUUAAAAAGACCUGCUUAAAGAAAUCAAAGAAACCUGUAUUUGGUUCUACUGUCCCUCGACGUUUGCUCACAGCACAGAAAAAGGUUUCCAGUGGUCCUGGGCCUUGUGAUUAUCAGAUGGUUUGUGCAUUUUCUGAAGAAUUACCUAACUUGACCAACAGAAGUGCUCCUUUCUUGUCAAGAACAGAAAGAACUAUAGGAGUACCAGAAAUGGAUGAAGUCUACUUUGUCAUGGUGGAUGAUGUAUUUGAUGUGCUUUUGGAUUCAGUAUUUUAUUGA